AUGGGAGGAAAUCAAGAUGAUUGCAGCUUUGUUUUAAAUUCUGAAACAGCACUCAGUAAUAUAAAUUCUGAAGCUGUCAAGCAUUCUUCUGCCCUUGCUGAACUUAUAAGAGAAGCUUCAGUCAAGGUCGGUGACAUACUUGAUGAUUUGCAAAGUAACCUUAAUGAUCAGGAGCAAAGCAUAGCUGCAUUUUGGCAACAGCAGCAUGAGAGCCGGUUGAGAGCAUAUGAGACAACCCAAUCUGCAUCUAGUGUUACAGUGAAUUUCUUCAAGACUCUGAGCAAGGACAUUUUUGUUGUGAUACAAAUGGUGGAAGAAGCACGAACAAUGUACUACAAGAAAUUAAGUGAAUUCACGAAGAAGUUUGAGGACUAUGCGGACAGCGAAGACAGACAACUACUAGCCAAAAUGGCAGAGCUUUUAGCCAGUUCAAAUGCCAAGAAGAAACAGCUGGUUCAAACAGAGGUAAACGACAUUCAAAGCUAUAUUGGCAGCAAAACUUACAUGCUUCAUCACAAAGUGUCAGACAUGCAUGGUUUCCUGUCCUCCACAGAAGAUGAAUACACAAGUUUCUUGGAAAAAACAAAGAAGCAUUACAUUGAGGAUAAAAUCGUGACUCAAAAUGGGCAAGAUGGUUUGACAGCAAUACUCCAAAACUGUGAUGCCCUUGAAACCAAGCAAGCAAUCAACACUCAAUUGUCAUCCUUGGCCUCUUCAACAGUGGAAGAAAUAGAUAUUGCACAAAGUAGUUCUCUCCCAUCCGUUGAAUGUAAGCUAUUUGUGAUCUAAGAAUAUUUCUCCUUCCAUUCCCAUUUUU